CUCAUCCAUCACCCGUUUUUUAGGGUUUUUAUGAUCUUCAAUUCUUCAAUAUAAAAAACACAAGAUAAUCAAUUACACAAGCAAUGCAAAAUAUCUAUGGAUUGAACUGAUUUUAUGUUUCCUGCUUUUCUCCUUCCCACCUAAUUUGCAGAGAAACAUCACAGACUUCUAUUCUGGUUUUGCGAAGAAAAACAAGGAUUCAAAGUUUCAACUAUGGGUGUUGAUGACAAAACUAACCAAGAAUGGCCCAUAUCCCUGCAUGCCUAUUCUGAUCUUACCAAUGUUUCUCCAGUAGUGUUCUUAUAUCUUCUGAAAGAAUGUUAUGUUUAUGGCACAUGCAAAGCAACUGCAAAGUUUUUUGCCCUUCAGCAUCAGGUCCAUCAAGCUUUACACCAUGUUCCAAAACCUGGGCCUGCUGUGUUUGUUGCUCAUUGUCUCUCUUUACUUCCAAUAUUCGAAUCACAUUGUGAAGGUUUUAGUCAUUUGAUGAUAGCUGCUCUUAGGCGUCGUUUGAAAAUGGGAACUACACAGGAAGAUUUACAUGAAGCAAAGUUGUUUGCUACUCAAUUGUUUAUAAUUGCUGUUCGUGGUGAUAAGAUUCAUGAUGACAGGAUACUUGUGAAAAUGCUUGAAGUUUUCAACAUUAAAAUUACAGAUAUCAAAGAGGUUAUGUUUCAGUUUCACUCAGAUGUGAAGAAUGAUAGGUUUGAAGAUAUAGCAGAUGUCUUUGUUGAGCAGUUUAUUUCUAAGCUGUUACAAUCUCAAUCAUAUAUGGCAGCUGUCACUCUUCUAGAACACCUCUCUAUUCGUCACUCUGGAGAGUCUUUUCUUCAUAUGAUGUUGGAAAAUAAAGAAUACAGAGCAGCAGAAAAAUGGGCAACAUUUAUCGGGAAGCCUAUGAUUUGUCUACUCAUUAAGGGUUAUGUAGACAGGAAUAUGAUAAAACAAGCUUAUGAUUUGAUAAAGAAAAAUGAUCUGCGUGAAGAGUUUCCACAAGUAUAUCAAAUGGGUAAAGAAAGUACACUUAAGAAGCUAGCAGAAAAGGGAUGCUGGGAUAUAGCAGAGAUGAGGGCAAAAUCUGAUAGACAACUUCUUGAAUAUUUGGUUUAUCUGGCAAUGGAAGCUGGUUACUCAGAGAAGGUAGAUGAACUUUGUGAUAAAUAUUCCCUUGAAGGUUUCAUGAAGGGAAAAGAAGCUGAGGUAAGCCUUCCACAUAUUCGAUAUCUGCAUCUUGAUGAGCUGGCAAUCGAUAACAUUGUUUGGGUUGAUGAGCCCAUUGGUCUGCGUGAUGCCACGUGUCAUAUUGAGGGGUGCAAAGUUGUUGGCCUUGAUUGUGAAUGGAAGCCUAAUUAUGAAAAGGGAAGUAAAGCCAACAAGGUUUCCAUAAUGCAAAUAGCUUCUGAGAAGAUGGUCUUCAUCAUUGACUUGUUAAAAUUGUCUCAUGAUGCUCCUGAUGUAUUGGACAGCUGUCUAAUCCGCAUUUUUCAUUCGCCUCGAAUUUUAAAGCUUGGUUAUAAUUUUCAAUGUGACAUGAAACAACUGUCUCAAUCUUAUGAAGAUUUUGAUUGUUUUAAGCGCUUUGAAAUGCUAUUGGAUAUUCAAAACAUAUUCAAAGAGCCUCGUGGUGGCCUUUCGGGUCUCGCAAAGGAAAUAUUGGGUGUUGGUUUGAAUAAGACAAGAAGAAACAGUAACUGGGAAGAGCGGCCUUUAACCCAAAACCAGCUGGAAUAUGCUGCUCUUGAUGCUGCAGUUCUGAUUCAUAUAUUCUGGCAUGUUCGCAACCAAUCACAAAUACAAUCUAGUGAUGUUUCAAAUGAGCAUAAUAAUAAUACCCAAAUGGAGUGGAAAUCCCACAUUAUUUCUCAUGUAGGUGACCUCACCAAGACCAAAAAGAAAGACAAGAGUAAGAAAAAUUCUAAUGUGGGGAUUAAAGAAUCUCAUCCAUCAAGUAAGAGUUAGGGGUAAAUAUGUAAUUGUUUUGCUAAGUGCAUGACAGAAAAAACUAGUAGUUGAAGUCUAGAAAUGGUCAGAAAUUUGAAUCUGUACAUAAUGGGGAUUAAAUUGAAUGGUUUUGGGUUCGAUUAUGGUUAAGGUUGGUUUUACUUUUAUACCAACUAAGUAAGGUUAAAAACAUGACUUUCCAUUAA